AAUCCCACAGAGAGAGAUUGGUUAAAAGCUAAUCUUUGGUCUUACUUUUGUCGUUCCCUGCGCUUAAAUCUGGUGAAGCAUACUUGUCCUAAAGGAGACAUCCCCUACUACUUUGGUCUGUUUAGGCGACGGUCAAUUUUGAUUCCUCUUUUAUUUCAUACUGAUUCGCCUCCAUGGCUUCUCUUCGAUUCCCCUUAUAGGGUUUCCGUAUUACUUAUCGUCUCGUGAUCGAAAGUUUCUGUCUUUUUUGUGGGUAUCUUGCAGCAAAGAGGGUUCUGAUUCCAUUCCGUCGCUUCAUUGCAAUCGAUUCUGUGUCUGCAACUCUGAUACACAAAUUCUUCAAUUUCUCUGUUUGCUGUGAAAAUGAUUGAUUGAUGAGUAUGAGGCGUUACAAGAUUUCCUUCUUCAGUGAAUCUCUUUGUUGAUGUUACAUCGCUCCCAUAGAGAUUACCAAUUUCUCUAUUGGACAAUCGGACCUUAAAGAGGGGAGUCACAUGAGUUCUUCUGCUUAGCUACGCUUCCAUCUUCGACAAUGUUCAACCUUUAAGCUUGUACCAAUUGCUGAUUGCUUUUCCGGAAUUCGGUGUAUAGUUUGAUGGCAGGAAAUGGAAUGCAUACACUGGGUCGUGUCAAGGUUUCUGAUUUAGCUCCCAGUGAAGGUCUACCUUCUGAUUCUUACAAGUUAGCAGUGACUACAUUGUCUCAGUCUCUGGCACAGUACUCUGCAGCCAUCAUUCAGUUUCCUCCUAGCGAUGGAGCCCUCCUUAGAUCCGGUCUUGAUUCUGCUCGGCUCUAUUUUCACCAGAGAGAUUCAUAUCCAGCCACUAAUAAUAUGAUCCACACAAAUGAUUCACAAGAAUGGUGCAAGACUUCUGGCUACUAUGCAGAUCCUCAGUCGUGGCAAGAGAGUUACGAGUAUAGACCCGGUUUGACCCCUACCGAGCCAACCAAUUCUAUAGAUUUCCCUCCAGCUGGUUUGCCUGAUAUCUUUGCUUUACUAGGAAAAGCUGCUCGUGUAGUUCUUGAUGCCAUUGGUUUCUAUUUGAACUUGAGAAGCUGUCCAUUUACUGAGAUUCUCGAUAAUGUCCCUUUGAGGAAUGGUGAGAUAUCGUCCUCUGUGUUAUCUGUUUGCUGUUAUGCUAGGCCGUCAUUUCAUGGAGCACAGCACCAUACCCUAACAGAAGACGAGCAGCUUAUCCUGUAUGCAGACCAUGAUCACCAACUUGACAAGAGUCUGAUCUCAUUUGUGAAAUCAGAUAAGGCGGGGUUCCACAUCAGGGACAUGCACGGGCAAUGGAUUUUGGUUGAUGUGGAUCUUGGUCCUCAAGAGGCUGUUGUGUACCCAGGGCUAGCUCUUUACCAGGCUACAGCUGGGUAUGUGAGUCCCGCAGUGCACAGAACCGAUUUAAACAGUCUGCAAGGAAGUAUAGAAGGGAGGUUCUCCUUGGCCUUCAAACUCAUGCCAAAAUCAAUGACCAAUCUGAGUUGCUCGGAGAUGAGAGCCGCAGGUCAUGGUGUUGAAGCUCAGUUUCAGCUCCCGGUUUCAGUCGAUGAUUUCAUGCAGAGAUCUCACUCAAAUGAUGAACUCUUUAACAGACAGACUUUGCAAAGCUUCAGCAUCCCUCAAUCCCAGGAUGGAUCAAUGAAACAGCUGAAAAAGCGGAGGAAGAGCGAUUCUAGAUGCAAACCACUACCACCUUCAAAGCGGCUGAGGUUAGAAGCACAGAGAGUUCUCAAGGAACGAGUUCAGGAAAUUGCAGAUAAAAAAGGAAUCAAACUAAGAUUCUGCAAUCUCAAGGAGUGUGAGAAUAACCACAAUGUAAUGAACAGCCCUUGUGCGAAUAUAAGAAGGGAGAUCGGGUGGCCACACGGAGUUCCAUUUGUUCAUCCUCACGACCUACCCAAUAAAGCUAAAAUCGGUUUCCUUGAGACAUAUGAGCCAGGAUGGUCCGAAACACAUGACAUGGAGCUCAGUCUAUCUGAAACCGCUCAGGGAAACCAACAUGUGACUAACUGUAACCAAUCAUCACCCAAUAGCAUUCCUUUUCCUUUCGCUGAGCUCGAUCCCGAGGUUACGCGUUCAUUUCUUCGAUUGCAGGAGAUGCGAAGAUGAGAGUUCCAGUUUUGGUCUCUUGUUUGCCUUGACAGUUCAGGUCAGCAGGUUUCAGUGUCAAUGGUUGCACAUGCUGUGUAUGAUGAGACGAGAUAGAGCUGUCUGAAUGACUCUUAAUAUUUGACUCAUUGUACAUUGUUUCUUUGUAUAAUAUACAAGUAAAGAAUGUUCCAGGAUUCUUAUCUAUGCACAAAAACCAUCCCAUAUGGUCAUUCAGUGAUUUUGAUAA